ACCAACAACCGCAAAUUCCCAAGCGCACACUCCACCCCGGCAGGGGGGAGGCCGCGGGAGGCCGGCGCGGUGCCGGAUGCUGUGUGGCCUGGGGGGCGCUUUGCCUCAGCUACUCCCUUUGCACCAGAGGAGGCAGCGAGGCGAAGGUCUCUCCUCUAGAAUUCACCCAGGCCUGCAGCAAAGAGCCCUGCGUGGGAGAAGGAGGCGUGCACCCUGCCUCAUCUGCGGAAAGGGGGCUGAAGUCCUUCCUUGACUGAUGGAACAGUCCUACCCUCUCGUAAAGGCGCUGGGUGGGGUCGCUUCCUCCACCUCCGUCACCCUUCCUCAGACAUUUCCUGACAGCUCCCGGCCAGGCAUUAGAGAAACCAAAAAAAAGCUUACCAUGGCAUCUGUAUGCACCAUGACGGCCCCCAUUUGUCUUGUGGAAAACCAGAAAAAUCUCCUGACAGUAAAUCCAGAAGCACUGAAAAUUCUUGGCAACAUAUCUCAGCCUGUGGUGGUGGUGGCCAUUGCAGGGCCCUAUCGGACAGGAAAAUCCUACCUAAUGAACCGCCUGGCAGGACAGAGCCGUGGUUUCCCUCUGGGCUCUACAGUGAGGUCUGAAACCAAGGGUAUCUGGAUGUGGUGUAUACCCCACCCUUCCAAGCCGAAACACACCCUGGUCCUACUAGACACUGAGGGCCUGGGCGACGUGGAAAAGGGUGACUCUAAAAAUGACUUGUGGAUCUUCACACUGGCCAUACUUCUGAGCAGUGUAUUUGUCUACAACAGCAUGGGCACCAUCAACUGCCAGGCCCUCGAGCAGCUGCACUAUGUGACUGAACUAACAAAGCUAAUCAGGACCAGAUCCUCUCCCAGCUUUGGUGAAGUGGAUGACUCAGCUGAGUUUGUGAGUUUCUUUCCAGACUUUGUUUGGACUGUACGGGAUUUCACAUUGGAGCUGCAGUUAGAUGGAUGCCCCAUCACUUCUGAUCAGUACCUGGAGAAUGCCUUGAAGUUGAUUCCAGGUGAGGAUCCCCAAAUCCAAAAUUCCAACGUGCCUAGAGAGUAUAUCAGGAAGUUCUUUCCAGAACGAAAGUGCUUUGUCUUUGACCGGCCUAUAAAUGACAAAAAAUUAUUGCAACAUAUUGAGGAAGCAUCAGAAGACCAACUAGAAUUGGAUUUCCGGGAGCAAUCCAAAAAUUUCUGUUCAUACAUCUUUGCCAAGGCAAAAACCAAGACCCUAAGAGAGGGAAUCACUGUCACUGGGAAUCGACUAGAGAAUCUGGUGGUGACCUAUGUAGAUAUCAUCAACAGUGGAGGUGUUCCUUGUUUGGAAAAUUCAGUGACAACUCUGGCUGAGCGUGAGAACGCAGCAGCCGUGCAGAAGGCAGAUGACCACUACAGGGAGCAGAUGGCCCAGCAAGUGAGCUUCCCCACAGACACACUCCAGGAGCUGCUGCAUGUGCAUGAGGCCUGUGAGAGGGAAGCCAUUGCAAUCUUCAUGGAGCACUCCUUCAAGGAUGACAAGUGGGAGUUCCAGGCCAAGCUCCUGGGCAUCAUAGAGAAAAAUAAGGAGGAUUUCUUACUGCAGAAUGAAGAGGCAUCUGUCAAAUAUUGCCAGGAUGAGCUUCAGCGGCUUUCAGAGCCCCUGAUGGAAAGUAUUUCAGGAGGAACUUUCUCUGUACCUGGAGGACACAAGCUCUACUUAGAAGCAUUGAACAAGGUCAAACAGGACUAUGAGCUGGUGCCCAGGAAAGGAGUUAAGGCAAACGAGGUCCUCCAGAUCUUCCUGCGGUCACAGGCAGCAGUAGAUGCAUCCAUCCUUCAGGCCGACAAAACCCUCACCAAUAGGGAGAAGGCCUUAGCAGCUGAGCGUGCCAGGAAUGAGGCAGCUGAGAAGGAAAAGGAGCUGCUAAGACAGAAACAGAAGGAACAGCAGGAAAUAAUGCAGGCUCUAGAGAGAAGCUUCCAGGAAAACAUGGCCCAACUGAAAAAUAAGUUGGAGAGGGAAAGAGAAAUCCUUCUGAGAGAGCAGGAAAUUAUGCUGGAGCACAAGCUGAAGAUCCAAGAAGAAUUACUUACUGAAGGAUUUAAAAAGAAAUCUGAGAAGAUGAAUGAAGAGAUAAAUAAACUAAAAAAAGAGACUGAAAGAUCUAAAAACAUUGACCUUUCAAAUAUCCUUGAUGUGGCUACCAUGGGGCUUAUAAUGGCACUACCCCCACACAUGCGGCUAAUUGCUUUUGGGAUGAAAUGUCUCAGUAUGCUUAUCAAAAGUGUGAAGAACUCCUAGGUAUAUUAUAAAAGGCUUCUUAUGUUUUAAUAGCAUAAUGAUGUGGCCCAUUUUUGAAAUAUAUGUGUCACGGUAGUUUCAUCCAAGAAAAUUUUUAAAAUAAAAACUGACAACCAAA